AUGAGCGAUCCCGCGCAGCCAUCACCGGCUGGCGUAAAUCCUUCUACCGUGCCGCCGGCGGGAGACUCCACGAAUAACAAUUACGCAUUCCUCGUCCAUUCCCAGAAGUCUUUAACACAAAAUCUACCUCCCAAAGUAGAUAACAAGGCCCUGGCGCGGCAGAAGCGUCGAAGGACAAGUCCUGAUGACCAAAAGAUUCUCGAAGCGGAAUAUCAACGGAAUCCAAAACCAGACAGGGCAACGAGGGCUGAGAUCGUCAACAGCGUUUCACUGGGCGAGAAAGAGGUUCAGAUCUGGUUCCAAAAUCGACGGCAAAAUGACCGACGGAGAUCCAAACCACUCAAUCAAGAAGAUCUCAGAGCGCCCAAAUCCUCCGGUUCAGAUCAGGACGCGUCCAAUGGCGACAAUCCCACGAACCCUAAGAGCCAGUCCUCUCAGUUGCCCAAGGCUGGUCAGGGAACUGGUGGUCAAAUCAGCACUGACGCGAGACGCGAGUACAUAUGUAUAUCGCCAGGUAGCUCAUAUAGGUCGCCAAUGGCGGAUUUGUAUGGGGCAGCCUUUAGUUCUCAAACGAUCAAUUCACAGACAACCGUUUUAUCUCAGCACGAAGAAACACAUGUCGAGGUUGGCAAACAGAAAGGGUCAACAGGUGGGAGCAAAGAAGGCAGUGCAACACUGAUAAACGAAAAACUCCACAUCGAGUCGAUCAGCAGGAAACGGUCCAGGUCUGAGCCUGAGGCUCCAAACACAAACAAAUACAGCCCGCCGACUUCAAGCACAUUUAUACCCCCUCCCCUGCGCAUAUCAUUGUCUUUCGACGGGGAGGCAGUGGUUCGCAAGGAAGGGGAAAACACCCCGUCGCCACAAAAACCAUUGGACUCCAUUCGAAUUUCCAUGUCUGCGGAUGGUGAGGCUCUAAUUAGAGCUGCGAAUGAAGAAUCCCCUAUAAAGAACCGCACGUUUCUAUUCCACAAUACCCGACCUGCUUUUGGAGGACUGCGAAGGAGCAUCAGCGCUUUUCCCCUCGGCGCGCUGAAGGGGAUAAAGGAACAACAAGAUCCUAAGCCAUUUGGUAGAUCUCGUGACUCCCGUAACUGGGAACUUUAUUGUGAUACCGAUGCUCGAACUGCGUUGCAGGGGUCAAAAAGCAGUCUUUUGUCAUCCACGUCUCGAAGUGUGAAACUAAGUCGCCGAAAAUCCGACUUAGGUCAUGGGCGCAAGGCCUUGAUGCCACGAACCAAUCUCCCCAACACCUUGCCGCUCACCGAAGAACCUGAAGGGAAGCGUAAAAAGCUGUCACGGGCAAUGUCUUCUUUAGCUCGUUUAGAAACUGGUCACAAAGUAUCGACAUCCAAGAUGGGAGUGGGAGAGGGAGCCAUGGAUUACCAUACAGGCGACUCAGAUAAAGAAAAUUGGAUUCCGGGCACUCAAAUGUCCGCAGCAAGGCGGGCGCCUUCUAACAAACAAAAGGCCCGCCGUGGAGUACUCCAGAAACCCAACCAAAUCCAGAAUACUAGCAAUCGACAAGUAACGGGCUCUAACAAGACGCAGCGGGGCUAUCAAGGCCGACUUCUUAAUCCCAACCCCAAUACUACUUCAGAGGAUGCAGAUGAUGGAACUGAAAAAUCUUAUGGGGAGCUGGGCGAAAUAUCCCGGCUCAGUCAGGAUGAAGAUCUGGAUUGCAUCCAGGGUUUGCUGUCUUUGAGCCAGGGUGCUUGGAAAUAG